GGAGGGAGGCGGAGGGCUCGGUGGUGACCAGGCUCCGGGUACCCGGCUCCGGGCGCGAAGAAACCACUUCCGUUCCAUUUCCUUCCUGGCGCCGCGGGAACUCGGCCUCGGUCCCAGGCGGGGCCGCAGCGCCCCCUGGGGGCCACGCUCCACGAUCCAGGUACCAGCUUGCCAUGCCCGCGGGCUGAGCGCCGCCGCGCUCCGGGCCGCCACAGGGCCACGUGUGGGGGCCGCGGCGCGUUGGGGCCUUGGCUCCGGCGGCCGACCAUGGUGCUGCCGCCCCCGGACCGGCGCCACGUGUGCCUGACCACGCUGGUGAUUGUAGGCAGCAUGGCUGUCAUGGAUGCAUACCUGGUGGAGCAGAAUCAAGGCCCGCGCAAGGUCGGCGUGUGCAUCAUCGUGCUGGUGGGCGACGUGUGCUUCCUCUUGGUGCUACGCUACGUGGCUGUGUGGGUGGGUGCCGAGGUGCGCACCGCCAAGCGCGGCUACGCCAUGAUCCUCUGGUUUAUCUAUGUCUUUGUGCUGGAGAUCAAGCUCUACUUCAUCUUCCAAAACUACAAGGCGGCGCGGCGCGGCGCAGGCGACCCCCUGGCACGCAAGGCGCUCACGCUGCUUCUGUCUGUGUGCGUACCCGGCCUCUUCCUGCUGCUGGUGGCGCUCGACCGCAUGGAGUACGUGCGCACCUUUCGCAAGCGUGAGGACCUGCGAGGGCGCCUCUUCUGGGUGGCACUGGACCUGCUGGACCUGCUGGACAUGCAGGCCACGCUGUGGGAGCCACCGCGCACCGGGCUGCCGCUGUGGGCCGAGGGCCUCACCUUCUUCUACUGCUACAUGCUGCUGCUCGUGCUGCCAUGUGUGGCGCUCAGCGAGGUCAGCAUGCAGGGUGAGCACAUCGCUCCACAGAAGAUGAUGCUCUACCCCGUCUUGAGCCUCGCCACAGUCAACGUUGUGGCAGUGCUGGCGCGUGCUGCCAACAUGGCCUUGUUCCGCGACAGCCGCGUCUCAGCCAUCUUUGUGGGGAAGAACGUGGUUGCGCUGGCCACGAAGGCCUGCACCUUCCUGGAGUACCGGCGCCAGGUGCGCGACUUUCCGCCGCCCACGCUUGCGCUGGAGCUCCAGCCUCCACCCCCGCAGCGCCACGCGCCGCCGCCGCCCCAGCUUCAAGGGGUGGCCGGUUGUCCCCGUGGGCCCUCGCCGACGCGCGAUGCGCUGGAUACGUGACGGCGCGUGCGCCGGGAUGGGAUGUGACGGACAGGGUGGGGGCCGCUGCCGCUUCUUCAUCUCAGGAAUCCCUCAGCCGCGGACUCUUGGCUGCCCGGCGUGGAAUGGAGUGCUGCGGAGUGCCCGGGGAGGAAGGGUGUUGUGGGCUCUGGUCCUGCGUGUGCUCGGUACAGAGAUAGGGCCACGGGGCCUCUGUCAUUUUAAAGACUCGUGUUUACAGUUUCGUA